UGCGAGCUGGGAGGGCUGGCCUUUGAGAGUGUGAAGGUGGUUGGGAACGCUGACGGCGGCUGGUUUGUAUGAAACAUGGCUCCUAGAGAGGGCACCGAGCGCGGUUCCGUCAUGGACGGGAUCAAAGCCAUCCUACUGGGACCGCCCGGAGCCGGCAAGGGGACUCAGGCCCCAAAACUAGCAGAAAAAUACUGCGUUUGUCACCUUGCCACAGGAGAUAUGUUAAGAGCUAUGGUUGCAUCGGGAUCGGAGCUGGGAAAACGUCUGAAAACUACAAUGGAUGCAGGAAAACUGGUCAGUGAUGAAAUGGUUGUAGAACUGAUUGAAAAUAACCUGGAUACACCGCCAUGUAAAAAGGGAUUCCUGUUGGAUGGAUUUCCUCGUACUGUCAAGCAAGCAGAAAUGCUUGAUGAACUUCUUGAAAAGCGUCAAGAAAAACUAGAUUCAGUCAUUGAAUUUAGUGUAGAUGAUUCUUUGCUUGUAAGAAGGAUCUGUGGCAGGUUGAUACACCAACAGAGUGGACGAUCAUACCACGAAGAGUUCAAUCCUCCUAAAGAACACAUGAAAGAUGACGUGACUGGUGAGCCUUUGGUGAGACGUUCUGAUGAUAAUGAAGCUACCCUGAAGUCUCGACUGGAGGCCUAUCACACUAUGACUUCACCACUUGUCGAAUAUUACCAACGCCAUGGAAUCCAUAAAGCAGUAGAUGCUUCACAGUCUCCAGAUGUGGUGUUCGCAAGCAUCCUGGCAGCUUUCUCCAGAGCUCGCACGCACUGAUUACCUGUCAUCCCAGAAGUGUGUUGUCUGCUGUGCCCAAACCCUGUGCACUAGGGCACUGUACGGUAGACUGAUGAUUGAGUACCCUUGUCAACUCCUCCUCCUACUGCUGUUGUCUCGCUGUUUGUGGUGCUCCUCCAUUCUCCUAGAUCCCCUGCCACUGCAUUCAUCAUCAUAAGUCUUAAAGCUUCUUCUGUUGUAGAAGCUACAUUGGGUUUAACCUCAUUGUUGAGGUAUGUGUGACUGAAUCAUUAUCCAUACAGAAUGCCUGCUCUAUCACUCAGGUACAUAUCGUUCAAGUCUGGUUUCGAAAGGAGAUUUGGACAUUAAAAUCAAAUAUUAUAUUAAAAAUUAUGAAUGUUUUUCACUUGUCUGUGUAUUAGAUGGUUUCCUGUCAGCUGAAGUAUUAUCUUUGUGUGCGAUUGCCAUAAGUGUGGUAUAAAGGGCUCAUUUUGUAGAGUGACUUAUGACAAUCUCGCAGCAUUGCUAACAUUGGAUGCGGAGUCUGUGACUACGUUUGUUUUUAUUCUCAAUCACUUGUCUCUUUUACUUGGAGAUUAACAGCCAGUGCAUUGUUACUUACAGAAGCAAUAAAAUGUGUGCAGGUGUGA